GAGCGAGACGGGCGGCAGGCGGCCAGCGGCUCCGCACCGCGCCCGCCGGACCUGCCCCGCGCCCCGCGCCCGCCGGCCGGGGAGCCGCAGCUACCUCAGCAGAGCCCCGCGCCCCUGCGCGCCGGUGCCCGCCGAGCGACGCGCCCGCUGCCCUCGCCGUGUGUCCCCGCUGCCGGCCGGGCCCACGGAUAAUGAUUCUUCUUGCUUCUCACCUAAGUUGAAUAAGCACCUCGUGCACUUUAAUCUCCUGUCGUGCCAUCAGGCUGACUGAAAACAGUGUUUUGAAAUCUCAGCUAUAAAGACAUCCUGCCAAAGUCUCCAUCUUGCCUUAACAAUGUUCCAGAGACUGAAUAAAAUGUUUGUGGGUGAAGUCAAUACUUCUUCCAACCAAGAACCAGAAUUUAGUGAGAAAGAAGAUGAUGAAUGGAUUCUUGUUGACUUCAUAGACACUUGCACUGGUUUCUCAGCAGCAGAAGACGAAGAAGAAGACCUCAGUGAAGAGUCCCCUACUGAGCACCCUUCAGUCUUUUCCUGUUUACCUGCAUCUCUUGAGUGCUUGGCUGAUCCAAGCGAUUCCUGCUUCCUCCAAUUUGAGUCCUGUCCCAUGGAGGAGAGCUGGUUUAUCACCCCUCCCCCGUGUUUUACUGCAGGUGGAUUAACCACUAUCAAGGUGGAAACCAGCCCUAUGGAAAACCUUCUCAUCGAACAUCCCAGCAUGUCUGUCUAUGCUGUGCAUAACUCCUGCCCAGCUGUCGGUGAGGCCAGCUGUGGGACUGAUGACUUUCAUAACCCAAGUAGCCCCAGAGUGGAAGCUCAAGAUGAAAUGGGGCAACACAUUCAUUGCUAUGUUACAGCUCUUGCUGCUCAUACGGCUUUUCUGGAACAACCCAAGAGCUUUCGCCCUUCCCAGUGGAUAAAAGAACAUAGUGAGAGACAGUCUUUAAACAGAAAUAGCCUUCGUCGCCAAAAUCUUACCAGGGACUGCCACUCUAGGCAAGUCAAGCACAGUGGCUGGGCCGUCCAUCAGCCCUGCCCACGUCAGUAUAAUUACUAAGAAUUUCAAGGUUGAUUGGUUUCUAUUGGUUUGUACAGAUGUGUGUGGGGGUGUGUGUACGGACAGUGAAGAUGCUGUUUCUUUACAGCCAACUGAUGACCAAUCACAUAGUUUUAUCAAUGUGUUUAGACACUAUCUUGAAGACCAGAUUUACAUGCUGUGUAUCACAUAAUGCCUUGCUUUUAACAUUUACUGUUUUGUAAAAUUUUCAGAAUAUUUUCCGAAACAUAUCAAUACAAUUACAGUGUUUGGGUGUUUUGGGAUGUCUUUAAAUCUAUUAAGGUGUAUGAGUUAGCAUUCUAAAGACAUUUCUUCCCAAGUACGAGAAUAGGCAUCUUUCAACGUCAUUUUAUUUUGUAUUAAUCAAUAUUUUGAGUAAGCAAAAAUUUAUUCUCAGGGUCAGCCAUACACUUUAUUGACCAGUACUUGAUAAUCUUUUCUGUAUAUAACGAAUACAUUUUUACACACUAACAUGAGCAUUAACAGGUGAUAGUUGCCAUGGAUAUAAUGGAAUUAUGGCUGAACUUUCUCUUGGAAGAAAACUUGAUAUAUUUCUGUGUGUACAGGUUUUGUUUUGUUUUGUUUUGUUUUUUUCCAGACUAGCCAUACAGUUCAUUUUGGAAUUCAGGUACAUUGAGUGUUAGUAAACAGUGCUUUCAGUAAUUCCGAUGUGACUGUGUGAAGUGGUACAGAGACAUUACAAGGAUCGCGGGACAGAAGCACUGUCACACGUAGAGGGAGUCCGUCAGAUCUGUGAAACUGUGUUCGGGAAAAUGUAUGUCUCCACCUAACCCACUAUUUGACUUGUUUGGAUUCUUUCCUGCCGGCUCUGCCCACUUGGCACCUCGCGUCAGCUGUAAAUUCAGAAGUACUUGUCCAGGCACUUUAGUGACUUCUUAUUUAUAAUUGUCCAAGGGCAAAGAGGUAGGCUUUGUAUUUCUGAUACAGUGACGGAGCUUCUGGCGUGGAGCCUGCCCUGCCGAGUGGCAAGCGAGGCUGAGGAGGAAUUCCUGGUGACAGCUUGUCAUAGCAUCUAGAUGAAGAGUGAUGGUUGGCUUCCUUGAGUUCUCUCUCUGUCUCUCUCUCUCUCUCUUUUUUUUUUUUUCCUAACUCAGGCUUCAGGCAGAAUCUUUAACCACUUUGGCCUCUCUUUCCUCCACCAAUAGGGGAGAAGUAAUAUUUACCUCCCUCGCGGUUGUUGUGAGGACCAUGUACUGAUUGAAGUGGGCCGUCCAGAACUGAACCUUGUGUGAAAUUCCAGGGGCCUCUCUACUGAAUCUGAUGGUGGGGGUGGGGCCCACACACUUCUCCUGCCACAGCUGUUCUUCAUAGUGUUGGUGCUAAUGAGGCCAGGGUUCAGGGUUCGAUUCACAUGGAGGCCAGUUAACACAGAGAAAAUCUAUUUCUUUACCUCUAGCCAGUCACUUUAUCGUUUUAGCAGUUGUGAUGGGUUUUGCUGAGCCAUCCACAUUCACCAGUUUCCUCUCAGACUAAACUAAACAUGGACAAUCCAAAGCACAUUCUACUGACAGACAGUAGUAUCACCUUUGUAAUCAAACAGCUUCUUUUUCCGACGCCUCUGCAACCCUAAUUAAGUAAAUACGUGUCUAUCCAAGGUUUUCAAGGGAAAAAGCAUAUAGUUAUGUGAAGUAUUAUAUUUUCCAAUAGCCCUGUAGCAGCUGGAUGCAGGGAACUACGGGAGACUUUUCAGGUGAGGAGCUAUGCUCUUUCCUGACCAGGGCUGGGAAGUCUGGAGGCGGAAGAGGUCACAUGGCAUCGUCAGAUGGCGGUGGGAGGUGGUUCUUCCGCUGGCUGUGAUGAAGUGCCAGGAAUGUCUCUUUAGGACAAGAGUCUAGAUCCCCUGCUCUCCUUAUUCCCUUUCCAUUUCAACUACCCCUUUAUUUAUUUGAUUUCUACUUAGGGGCCAAGUCUGUAAAGUUUUGUCAAAUUGAGCUAGAAGUUAUUUUGUUACUAUUUGUGUUUACGAGAGAGUCGAGAUGUGAGGUAGAGUUUUCUUGAAGGUGUGUAUGUUUUACACCAUGUCUGUCUCUGGGGCCAUAUGUUGGUAACUUGAAAAUAGACCAGCUAAAUGUUUCCUGGAUGUAAGCCUCUGAAUACACGGGGGUCUCUUUUUUCAUAUAUUACAUGCAAGUUGUUAGUACCUCACAAGCUACAGUAGUUCAGCCAUGAGAAUUUGUUUGGCAGCGUGAACAGAUUUGUGUAUAAAAGAGCAAAGGUCUUUUUUUUUAAUAUUAUUUUUUUCAAAUUUCCGAAUACCUGAAAUACAUCUACAUCUCUGUCGGUUACUGACUUUUUGUUUGCCUUCUCUGGACCUAGUUUUUUAUGGCUUACACCUGGAAAACAAAUACUUUCGGUCCUAGGGAUGUGUUUUUUAGGAUUAUCAUGCCAUCUGCCCUAUCAUACUGUGGUUUCUGUAUCAGUAUUGAAGGUUUCUGCCCAACAUUGGCACAUUGGAAGAAAGUGGUUAGAUUGGAAGAAAGUGAUUCUGUAAUUCAUUUGAAGUUCUUGGUCAUUAGAGGUUUGUUAGCACCUCCCACAUGUACUGCAAGGAUGAUUUUGACCGGUUAAGUAUUCUUUGAAACGUGGCCAUAAUGCAAUUUAUUAUAUAAGUGAAUUAUUAUUUUUGCUCUUGUAAAUAGUAGUGGUUUACAGUGUGCUUCAGUGCAUAUUUCUUAAAAACUCAAGCAGUGAGAAAUAAGGCCCCUAUGAAUUUAGUGCUCUGUUUCUACAAUGAUAACAUAUAGGAUGUUACCUGGAAAGAGUCUGAAAUAUGCGGUGCACAAGAAAUGCUUCAUGGGUGAGUGAGCCCCUCAGUUUCUAUGAUGCACCGUGUUUCUCAAAGUUUGUGUUUCUGUUAAUAAAGCAUUUUAUAAUGUAUAUUCUAUGUUUAUUACUUUUUCUUUCUCCACUAAUUAUGUAUUGCACUGUGAGUUGAAGAUUAGCCCCGCAUUAUUUAUCUUCUGUGGCAGUGCCUUUACAUGGCUGGGCAGGUGGGGGGAUUUUGUACAGCAAGGUUCACAGCGACUGGAUUUUUUACUUUCUCCUCCUGUGCGCUUUUUCUACAUUAAUUUCCUGUACAUUCUUCCAGUUCCCAUGCAGACUGUUCCUGUUUACAUACCUUCUCUGUUUUAUCAGUACUUUGAUUCUAGUGAGAACGCAGUUUGCUUAAAACUUGAGAGGGCCUGUUGUUUUUCCUUCUCACAUCUGUAGAGUACACUGGUUUGUUAUCUUUACAUCUUCAUUGAAUCUGAGUGUCUUUGCUAUUCCUCAUCGUCCUCAAGGAAAUAUAUGGUCUUUCUAUACUCUUCAGAAAAAAAGAACAAAAAAGUGUAUCUUUCUUAUUCUGAUUUGCUUUCACUUGGAAACAAACAAAAAAAUGAAGGACUCCAGCUAGAAGAUAGGCAUCUAAGUUUAAAUAGAUUAGUGGAGAAAGUUUAAGAGUUUCCAAGUAUCUUUGUUUUUAGAAUCAGUUAAUAGACAGCUCCUUGUACUGGAGAUACUAACAUAUGUUUGUAAUGUUACCUUAAAACUGUCUUCAUUUUAUAAGGCCCAUUCAUGCUGGCUAAAUUCUUCUAGAAGUUGGGCUGUUCUCAUGGAUGGCUUCGCUGUCAUCAGCCGUGUUCAUGGAUUAUAAAUGGCAUCCUUAUCUACUUAUUUGAAUGCUGAAAUUUUUAUAUGAAAUGCUUUAUUUAGAAAACCAACCUAAUACAGUGGUGUCAGCCUUGGCCGUGUACCAAUGUCACUUGAAAUAUGAUACCAAUUACAAUGGUUUGAGAUGGAGAAAGAGGGACUGGAAAGCCUACGGAUGAAGAGAUCUUUUUCUAUUUGCAACAGUAUCCUUUGUGGGGGGAGGAGUGGUUAGUAGUCAGAGGAAGGCAGCUUAAGUGGAUAUUUUGUUAUCAUUUAGAAUUUUCCUUACAAUAUAUUUUUUUAAUUGUAUAAUUAUUAAAUGCCCCAUUUUGCUCUGUAUUUGCCUGAAGUUUUAGUAUUUGUUUUCUAGAUGGACUUCUAAAAACCAAAUCAGUACUUGGGGAGUUAGAUGUGUGUGUAUCUAAGUUUGAUGUGUAUGAGUGGUUUUGCUUGCUUUUUGGUUGUGUUUUCCUCCAGAGGUUUGGAACUUUAAUCAAUAAUUGUGUGUUACUAUUUUUUUUUUUUUAAGUGGCUUGGGUUUUUGUCUCAAGUAAAAUUGUGAACACAUUUGCUUUUCAAGGACAGGGCAUCAGUUAUAGAGACUGAAGAGUAUUGUAGAUUGUACUAUGUGCCUUCUCCAUGUAUUGAACACAAAUUUUUCUCAACUUGAAAACUCAAAAGGGACAUUUGGUUAGAUUACAUACUGUACAUCAUCUAUGCAUAAAUGGCAGCUUGUUUUCUUGAGCCACUAUCUAAAUUUUUUUCUGUUUUUAUAGAAAUUUUUAUACUGAAUGGUUCAUAGAUGGUCAGUUUUAUACACAGACUAAACAAUACAGCACUUUGCCAAAAAUAAGUGUAGCAUUGCUUAAACAUUGUGUAUUAACACCAGUUCUUUGUAAUUGGGUUCAGUGGUGCAUUUUGCACUACUUGGAGUUAAGGUUUUUAAUUUGUCAGUAAAUAAAAUGUUCUUUAACUUCA